ACAUCAACUGUUUGUUUCUUCAUCUUUAGUCAGAUAUAUGACUGGUUCUGAUUUUGAAAUCACUGGGGUUGGGGGGAACCCCUGGUAGUCCAGGAAGAGGAAAAAAACCUUUUAUCCCCCCAUGGCACUAUCCCUACUUGGUAUUUAAAUUUUAUGCUUCUGAAAAGGAAGGAUCUGAUUUCCUUUUUGAAUGAUGGGUAGCUAGCAUAGUGCUUUGCAAAUAGUAGGUGCUUGAUAAAUAGUAUGAACAGGUUACUGUUAAAACUUUGUUUUUUUUCCUUUGUAUUCUAUAAGCUAUUAUUAGGAGUGGUUUUAUUUGCUUUGUACAGAAGCUGAUACUUUGUAUACCAUGCCAGAGACCUUAAAUAAUUGAAGUCAUUUAUAUUUAUGAUACUCCAUUGUUGUAGUUGAUAUUCACAAUAUCUCUGAGGGACUAAAUUAUUCUAAAGUAUUUUCUGAACUAUAUGUAUUUGAAUUAAUUUUAGUGUUGUAUGUGUUUUAUAUUGUAUUGUGUAUGGUAUAUUAUAGUUACUGAAUUGUAACCUUACAUUAGUAAAUGUCGUUAUCCAAUUUUCUUUGAAAUAUUCUGUAAUUCUCAAAUUAAUGACUGAGUUUAACUAUAAAAUGCUAUUACUCAAUUUUCCGGAAAUUUUGGGACAUGUUUUAACUGUAAGAUUUUUAAAAAGACAUUUUAAGAUCACAUAUUCAUUUCUAAUAAGCUGUAUUUUUGUAAUUUAAAAUUUUCUUCCCAUGAAAUAUUUUUGUUUGCUCUUUUUGUAACCACAGACUUAAAAUUGUAAAUAUGGUGGUUCUAAAAAGGAGUCUUAUCACGCAGUAUAAUUCCUUCAUUGUAUUCCUUGAUACUUUCUUAGGCCUGUGGUUUUUAGUUUGGAUUCUACUUCUUAACUAUGACCCUGGAUGAGUCCCUUGAUUUCUCGGAGCCUGAUUCCUUUAUCUGGAAAAAGGAUAAGAUCUUUGAAGAAAUAAUACUCUGCAGAAGAAAAACAUUGCUUCCACUUCUCAUUCAGAGAAUUCAGUGCAUACAAAAUCAGCUUCUGUUGUAUCAUCGGAUUCCAUAUCAACUUCCGCAGAGAACUUUUCUCCUGAUUUGAGGGUCCUGAGGGAGUCUAACAAAUUAGCAGAAAUGGAAGAACCACCCUUACUUCCAGGAGAAAAUAUUAAAGACAUGGCCAAAGAUGUAACUUAUAUAUGUCCAUUCACUGGUGCUGUACGAGGAACUCUGACUGUUACGAACUACAGGUUAUAUUUCAAAAGCAUGGAACGGGAUCCCCCAUUUGUUUUAGAUGCUUCUCUUGGUGUUAUAAGUAGAGUAGAAAAAAUUGGUGGUGCUUCUAGUCGAGGUGAAAACUCUUACGGACUUGAAACUGUGUGCAAGGAUAUCCGGAACUUACGGUUUGCUCAUAAACCUGAGGGGCGAACAAGAAGAUCUAUAUUUGAGAAUCUAAUGAAAUAUGCAUUUCCUGUCUCUAAUAACCUGCCUCUUUUUGCUUUUGAGUACAAAGAAGUAUUCCCUGAAAAUGGGUGGAAGCUAUAUGACUCUCUUUUAGAGUAUAGAAGGCAGGGAAUUCCAAAUGAAAGCUGGAGAAUAACAAAGAUAAAUGAGCGGUAUGAGCUUUGUGAUACAUACCCUGCCCUCUUGGCUGUGCCGGCAAAUAUUCCUGAUGAAGAAUUAAAGAGAGUGGCAUCCUUCAGAUCACGGGGCCGUAUCCCAGUUUUAUCAUGGAUUCAUCCUGAAAGUCAAGCCACAAUCACUCGGUGUAGCCAGCCCAUGGUAGGGGUAAGUGGGAAGCGAAGCAAAGAAGAUGAAAAAUACCUUCAAGCCAUUAUGGACUCCAAUGCCCAAUCUCAUAAAAUGUUUAUAUUUGACGCCCGGCCAAGUGUUAAUGCUGUUGCCAAUAAGGCAAAAGGUGGAGGUUAUGAAAGUGAAGAUGCCUAUCAAAAUGCAGAACUAGUUUUUCUAGAUAUCCACAAUAUCCAUGUUAUGAGAGAAUCUUUACGAAAACUUAAGGAGAUUGUGUACCCCAACAUUGAGGAGACCCACUGGUUGUCUAACUUGGAAUCUACUCACUGGCUAGAGCAUAUUAAGCUUAUUCUCGCAGGGGCUCUUAGGAUUGCUGACAAAGUAGAGUCAGGAAAGACGUCUGUGGUAGUCCACUGCAGUGAUGGCUGGGAUCGCACAGCUCAGCUGACCUCCCUGGCCAUGCUCAUGUUGGAUGGAUACUACCGAACCAUCCGAGGAUUUGAAGUCCUUGUAGAAAAAGAGUGGCUAAGCUUUGGACAUCGAUUUCAGCUUAGACUUGGCCAUGGAGAUAAGAACCAUGCAGAUGCAGACAGAUCACCUGUUUUUCUUCAGUUUAUUGACUGUGUCUGGCAAAUGACAAGACAGUUUCCUACAGCAUUUGAAUUCAAUGAAUAUUUUCUCAUUACCAUUUUGGACCACCUAUAUAGCUGUUUGUUUGGAACAUUCCUCUGUAACAGUGAACAGCAGAGAGGAAAAGAGAAUCUUCCCAAAAGGACUGUGUCAUUGUGGUCUUACAUAAAUAGUCAGCUGGAGGACUUCACUAAUCCUCUCUAUGGGAGCUAUUCCAAUCAUGUCCUUUAUCCAGUAGCCAGCAUGCGCCACCUAGAGCUCUGGGUGGGAUACUACGUAAGGUGGAAUCCACGGAUGAAGCCACAGGAGCCCAUUCACAACAGAUAUAAAGAACUUCUUGCUAAACGAGCAGAGCUUCAGAAGAAAGUAGAGGAACUACAGAGAGAAAUUUCCAACCGAUCAACCUCAUCCUCGGAGAGAGCCGGUUCUCCUGCACAGUGUGUCACUCCUGUACAGACUGUUGUGUGAGAGGGCUAUUGGAUGGGGCCGUCGGUCAUCGCCAUGAGCUCUGAUUACAGUGGCAGCUUCACGAGGAGGAAGUUUCUGAAUAUAGAACCCAUCUGUGAGAGAACUUAAGUCACUUUAUUUAUUUUACAUCUCUCUAGGAUGAGUUUAGAACUGUAGCAGUGCAGGUGGUUUAAGUGAGAUAACCCCACAUGUAAUUACAUGAUUAUGACACUAAUCUUAUAAGUCACCCAAAGAACAUUACAGUGCUUCAGUCCUGGAUCCACAGUGGGGACAAGUUUCUGAUUUUAAAAGGAAAAUGCUGUCUCAGAAAUUUUGGUGUGUGGUAAGAUCAAAACACAAACUACUUCAGAAAUAUACUUCUUGAUGGAAGAGCACUCAUUGCACAGGAGGAGCAUCAGUUUUCAAACCAAACCAAUACUGACAUUUCAUGGCAUUAUACAUACUGGGCUUCAGUGUCAUAAUCAAGAUCAUUUGAUGCUCCUUUGCCCAUCAUGGGUUUUUCCUUUUUGUAGUAAGUCAUUUACUUUCACCAUUCAAAACUCGUGUUCUUCAUAUAAUAAGGCAAAGUCUUGAGGAUAUUAUGGUGUAGUAAUAGUUGAAAAUUAUUGCUGUCAUUAUUUAUGUACUUAAUUUAAGAUGUAUUAGAUAGCUGUUCCAAAAUGAUGCCUUACAGAUGUGCUUGGGAGGAGGAUGGAGAGGAGAAAGUGGUAGCCAUCCAGGAUUUCAAAGAAUUCCACAUCCUUCAGAUUAGUUUCCAUUUGCACAAUUACUAGAAAUAUCAUGAAACAUAUUUUAAAAACUCAUUAUCUGCCCUACUUUGUUUUAGUUACAUUGUUUUUUGAACACAGAGAAGUUAACUGGCAAAUUUUGAGGCAGUAUGUAAAAGUUUAGUAGGAUUGACAUUUUUUCUGAAGUCUGUAUAAAUAGCAUAUGGUGAGAAGUACUGUGCUCAAAUUUUACAUGAAAUAUUUGACUAUUACUUUCCUUUGCAAAUUCUGUAAUUCCACUGAAUGAUUAAGUCUACCAAAGAAUUUAUUGCAUGUAAAAAUGUAUUAAGUCUCAAUGCCAGUAAAGGAAAUCCUGCUUCACUUUUUGGCUGCUACAGUAAGAAUUCAGCGCUGGUAUAAACACUUGACUCCCUGGUGUCUAUUUUACUCUGUAUAAGAGCCAUAUGUUAUGUACUGUAACACAAAGGAGCUUCUUGUCCCUUGGGUCUUUAAUUAAAAGAAAAUUUCAACUGAC